AUGUCGGUGGUAGUAGUAUUGGAUGAGGAUCACGCCUUCGGGCACCUGGAGUUCAGACAGGUGGGUCUAUGGUUGUUGUGGGGGUCCUCCCUUUCCUCUACAGUCUCUUUUAAAAUGUCCAGUUUUUCCACAGUUGUAGCACAGGUAGUUCCUUCUUCUAGGAGGACCCGGUGGAGUGCCCCGCUGAGGCCAUGGUUGUGGUUGUGGGCCAAAAGUCAUGGUGCCUUUUAGGCUGUAUAGUGAGGUGGGGCCAGGAGUGGUGCUGGUGUCUGGGGCGACUGUAGGAGACCCUUUCACACACAUUGUGUCAGAUUUUUUAGGUUGCACCCUCCUACUCUCCUCUAUUUCCCAUGUCCCUACUCUCAACUCUCCCUCUGCUCUCUCUGUCAUUCGUUGUUCUAGGCAUUCAUUAAAUUUGGGUUUAGUUAUGUUUGGCCCUGCCAUCUUGCUUUUCUCUAUCUUUAUACACUUAUCCCGUCCCUGGUGUUUUAUUUCCAAGGAUGUAUUAUCGGUAUCAAAUACAGACUUAUCUCAUGUACGACACAAUCGUAUAUAAAGAGGCUGAUUGUUUUUAUAUUAUGUGUAAUGCAAUCAUUAUCAUAAAAAUCAGAAUUCCAAUCACAUACACCAAUGCAGUAAUUUCUACACACAGCACACACCACGCUCUAGUUAUCUCACGCUUGAUCUAGAAUCAUGCACAAAUUCAAUACCAGUUUUCCCAGUCCCUGGUUCCUGAAAGCCUAGGUCAAAUUCACUCAAUUCCACAGAUUGGUAUUCAGUUUCAUAAGUCUCACUAUAACUUCCCAUCAUCCAUUACACGUUUAAGAUAUAACACAGACACGUUAAAAUAUAAACACAGCAAAACAAAACUGCCAAUUAGAAUACAAUACCUUAAAAAUUUAGGUUACCAGAGCGUCCUAAAACAUAGUCUCAGUUCGAAUGCUACCCUUCACACAACCUUAUACUUAUGUGAAGUCACAGAAGCAACUGGAUCCUUAUCAAAGGAUUUUUUUAGACAACUCGAUCACUAGGAAGGACUUAGUCUCAGCUUAACUGUACCUUUCACACAACCAUUUAUAUGGAACGUUUUAAAUGUGAAAUCACAGAGAUAACUGGCAUCCCCGGGAAUUUAGUACCUCUGGUCAAUUUCGGUGAUUCUCCCCCAUUUUAAUUUCUAGAACACUGCCACAGUUUAACUUCACCUCUCUCGCAACCUAUAGGGUAGGACCUCCCCUAUAGGAUAUAUUUUAUGCGAGAGAUUUCGGAACAAACUGGGUCCCUUUAGGAAUCUAGAUUUAUGGGUCAAAUCUUAUCCACCAAUGCGUCAAUCCGUAGUUUGACACAUUCUGGAUACGUUUAUCUUUAUUCCUUAUUCCUUUAUUCCUUAUUCCUUUAUUCCUUAUUCCUUUAUUCCUUAUUCCUUUAUUCCUUAUUCCUUUAUUCCUUAGCAUAAAACACAGUACCAGAUAUCUCAUGUAUGCCUUAAAUCAUUAGGAUGGAAAUUAUUUAAUAAGUAUUCAUACUCAGUACUUCUGAUCAAAAUUUGGUAUUGGUCUAUAAUACAAUAUGCAAGAUUUCGUUUUAACAGGCUCUGCAUACCUUUUUUUUUGGAGAGCUCUCUGAUCAGGUUCCUGAGGUAAGAUGAAUAGUUGAUGUCUCCUGGAUUACAGGUCACUCUUCCGUCUGUUUUUAGAUUGAUGAUUUACCUUUUCCUCUCGCACCAACUCUUUAGAUCGAAUUAGAAACCAUCCUCUGCUACCAUUUUGUUGGUGAAACCAUAAUAAGGAGAGAAAGUACAAAACCAACGACGCUAGACAGAGAGGAAUAUGCUUAAGCAAAAGGCAGUUUAUUAAACACAGAGAUAGCUGGUACUGCUCAAGCUACAUGCAUGGGCCCAAUGCAUGGACCCAAUCAAUUGCCUCUUAUGGAGACAGUUGAGAAGGAUGGAUAAUCAGAGUUACAGCAUUAUUUUAUACAAUGUAACAAUAAGGAAGGGGUCCUUCUUCUAGUCCCUUGAUUGGUUCCCGAGGCGUAGGAGGCGGGUCUGCUCUGUCCAGAGUAGAAGCCCCAUUGGUGCACGGCAGAGUCCUCUGCCCUUGGCACCCGACCAGUAGAAAGAAGUGGAGUUUGUGUGUGCGAAAUGUCUGUGUGUCAAAGAACUCGUGAGGCAUGAGAAUGAGUGUGCGUCAUGUGUGUGUGAGUGUGUGUAUGUCUCAAGGGAAACUCGUGGGGAGCAACAGUGAUUGUGGCCUGUGGCGUGGGUGUUGUCCUUGGCCACCAGGUGACAAGAUAUGGUCCUCUGUCCAUUGUUCUUGCAUAGGAACAGCAUUUAUUGAAAACAAGCUCCUAACAGAAAAUGGGUCUUGCACAACAUUCUAGUCAGACCAAGCUAUAACAUUUUAUAUUUACUACGACAGUCGCUGGUUCUAAUCCCCGAGCCGACUAGGUGAAAAAUCUGUCGAUGUGCCCUUGAGCAAGGCACUUAACCCUAAUUGCUCCUGUAAGUUGCUCUGGAUAAGAGCGUCUGCUAAAGGACUAAAAUGUAAAUGGAUCUGAUGGUUUGAGGGUUACAGCAUUAUGUUGACAAUGCCAAGGUUGUGGGUUUGAUUCCAUCACGCAUUGAACAUGUCACCCAGUUCCAUCUGGUGAAAAUGAACAUUAUAUUCUAAAAGUUCGGCUAAUGACCAUAUUAUUUUCUAUCAUAGAUGGAGGAGGAGAUAGAGGUGGAGAGCAGCAGUGAUGUGGGUCCAUCGGGGUCUGGGAUGGAGGAGCCGUCAGAGAGCGGUAUGGGCAUGGAGUCCUCGGAGGCCAUGUCUGCAGACAGCAGUGAUGCAGCAGCCCCCCAUGCAUCCCACCGUCACAGCCAGCACCACCCCGGCAUGGCCCCAGAGUCAGACUGCCACGUGGGACAGAGCUCAGAGGGGUUCCUGGUAUGAACAACAACACUAUCUGAACUGUUCAGAAUCAUCCAACUUUAAUGCUAUGGAACAUACAAGAGGUACAAACCAUUAGCAUCUGUGUAAUGGUACAGUUUAAUCCUAUCCCUAUAAUAAAGUCAAAAGUAAUACACGUAAAGCCCGUGUGUUUGUAAUGAUAAUUGUAAUACAUUUUAUAAAGCACUUUUCAAGGAUCCAAAGACUUCUACACUUGAUUGCCUCGGUAGGGGCUCCGGUGUUUUGAUAAAACCUUUAUAUGGAUAGUCCCAAAUAGAUGGUUUGUACAUAUUCAAUAACUGUCAACAACAUUUCAACUAAGUAUCUACUAACCUUAACUUUAGCCCUUAUCCUAACUCUAAACUUAAUCCUUAUCCUAACCCUAAACUUAACCCUUACCUUAACCCUUACCCGAACCCUUAUUCUCAACCUAACCCUGACUGUAACCUUAGCAAGCAGUUGCUUAUCAACAGAUUGUUUUUUGACAGUAUAUCCAUCUGUAGAGCAUCUAUAUGGGACUAUCCAAAUAAAGUGUAACCUAAGUUUUAGUUAGUCUUCAUGUCCCUGCCUCACCCGUGUUUCUGUUUCUGUGUUUCCAAGGUGUUCCUACCAGAGACUAGCUCCAGUACGGACGUCACCCACCACAGGGCCACCGUCCACCUCCCAGACUCCUCCUCUGUGGCCCAGCUCACCAGCGUCUCCACUGUAACGCAGUCCAUCCUGGUGUCUGGGUCAGCCCAGGUGAGCAUCUCUAAUAUUCAAGAGCACCUUGGUUGACCCCCAUAGCAAAAUGUUACUGUUGUACUACACUCUUACUAGCAUUGAUUUAGCUAAUAGCUGUGUUUCUUUAUCACUUGGAUUGACUGAUAUGUGAUAGCAGUGUUUCUUUUAGGUUUGACUUGGAUUGACUGACACGUGAUAGCUGUGUUUCUUUUAGGUUUGACUUGGAUUGACUGAUAUGUGGUUAUCUUACCUACCUUAGUUGAAUGUCACUGAUUGUUUGUCGCUUUGAAUAAAUUGGCUUGCGAAAGUAUUCACCCCUCCCUUGGCAUUUUUCCUAUUUUGUUGCUUUACACCCUGGAAUUAAAAUUGAUUUUUUGGGGGGGAGUGUAUCAUUUGAUUUACACAACAUGCCUACCACUUUGAAGAUUUUUUUUUUUUUUUUUUGUGAAACAAACAAGAAAUAAGACAAAAAAACAGAAAAGUUGAGCGUGCAUAACUAUUCACCCCCCCAAGUCAAUACUUUGUAGAGCCACCUUUUGCAGCAAUUACAGCUGCAAGUCUCUUGGGGUAUGUCUCUAUAAGCUUGGCACAUCUAGCCACUGGGAUUUUUGCCCAUUCUUCAAGGCAAAACUGCUCCAGCUCCUUCAAGUUGAAUGGGUUCCGCUGGUGUACAGCAAUCUUUAAGUCAUACCACAGAUUCUCAAUUGGAUUGAGGUCUGGGCUUUGACUAGGCCAUUCCAAGACAUUUAAAUGUUUCCCCUUAAACCACUCAAGUGUUGCUUUAGCAGUAUGCUUAGGGUCAUUGUCCUGCUGGAAGGUGAACCUCUGUCUCUGGAAGACUGAAACAGGUUUCCCUUAAGAAUUUCCCUGUAUUUAGUGCCAUCCAUCAUUCCUUCAAUUCUGACCAGUUUCCCAGUUCCUGCCGAUGACAAACAUCCCCACAGCAUGAUGCUGCCACCACCAUGCUUCACUGUGGGGAUAGUGUUCUCGGGGUGAUGAGAGAUGUUGGGUUUGCGCCAGACAUAGCGUUUUCCUUGAUGGCCAAAAAGCUCAAUUUGAGUCUCAUCUGACCAGAGUACCUUCUUCCAUAUGUUUGGGGAGUCUCCCACAUGCCUUUUGGCGAACACCAAACAUGUUUGCUUAUUUCUUUCUUUAAGCAAUGGCUUUUUUCUGGCCACUCUUCCAUAACGCCCAGCUCUGUGGAGUGUAGGGCUUAAAGUGGUCCUAUGGACAGACACUCCAAUAUCCGCUGUGGAGCUUUGCAGCUCCUUCAGGGUUAUCUUUCGUCUCUUUGUUGCCUCUCUGAUUAAUUCCCUCCUUGCCUGGUCUGUGAGUUUUGGUGGGUGGUCCUCUCUUGGCAGGUUUGUUGAGGUGCCAUAUUCGUUCCAUUUUUUAAUAAUGGAUUGAAUUGUGCUCCGUGGGAUGUUGAAAGUUUCUGAUAUUUUUUUAAUAACCCAACCCUGAUCUGUACUUCAUAGCAAAGGGGUGAAUACAUAUGCACGCACCACUUUUUUGUUAUUAAUUUUUGAGAAUUUUUUGGGACAAGUUAUUUUUUUCAUUUCACUUCACCAAUUUUGACUAUUUUGUAUCUGUCCAUUACAUGAAAUCCAAAUAAAAAUCAAUUUAAAUUACAGGUUGCAAUGCAACAAAAUAGGAAAAACGGCAAGGGGGAUGAAUACUUUUAAAAGGCACUGUAGAAGCGUCUGUUAAACCACAUACCGUAUAUUUUAUUACAGGUGAUGGUUCACUCCAGCGUGGCGGGGUCAGACUGCGGGGGCACGAUGGUGUCUGACUCGACAGCCUCCACCUCCUCAGAUCUGGGAUCAGCCAUAGACAAGAUCAUAGAGUCCACCAUCGGACCUGACAUCGUGAAUGGUGAGGGAAUGCAAACCUUUUCCCCCGAAGGGAAUUUGAUUCCAAUCAAACAUUAAAAUAUAUAAAAAACAUUAGACACAAAUGUAACAAUCAAUGUCUGUACAACAUACACCAUUCAGGUAAUGUAAUCUGUCCAUCAAAGCCAAUAUCUAUGUAUCAUUGUUCUCCAGUUUGUAGAGCAGUGACCAGUGCAGAGGACGGAGCUGCAGAGACCAGUGAGGGGCAGUAUUUGAUACUACAAGGAUCAGAUGAUGGUGAGCUCUUCUCUCACAGACUACAGUCACUAAUUCCGCUUGUGUACAGUAGUUAUAAAAACUCUCGGCUCAUUGCUAGGCAAUUAAAACGCUAUUACCAAAGUAUUAUGUAACAACAUGCUAAUAAAAUGUUGCUCCAGAAGUUAUUACUGUUUUUCUUUACACAGGCACAAUAACGUUUUAAUGUUAAGCGGUAUGAAGAAAAAAUAAAUAAUGUAUGCACUCACUAACUGUAAGUCGCUCUGGAUAAGAGCGUCUGCUAAAUGACUAAAAUGUAAAUGUAAGUGUUUGAGAGAAUACUAACAGUAACAAAAUAUGGAUAUUAAGUGUCGAAAGGAAACUAAAUAUCCCCAAACUGCCUUCUGGAAUCAAAUACAGCCAAGGCAGGUUGAACGUCAUGUUAGUUUGUAUUCUGAAUAAACUAUCCCUUUAAAGAUGGUAUAGUGUGUGUUUGAAACAACAACACUUAUCUGUACAAAAUAUCAUUGGUUAAUUGGUUUGACUUGAUUAUUUACACCUGGAGCGAUGGACAUUCAGGAGAAUGGACAUUUACAGAAUGUUCUGAUAGAAAUGUAUUGUGUAGAUCAAAUGAGUUUCAUUUCAAAAGGCUAUAUAUCCAUUUCAGGAAAUGUUGGUAAAAUAGCUUUUGUUGUUUUAAAGAACUUAUGAAAGAUGUUUUUUCACCAUCUUAUCAUAGAAUGGUGUUGUUCAAUGACGGAGAUGUAUUAGUUCGAAAUCUGUCGCUUGAUGGUUAUAUUUCAGAGACAAAUAAUAAUAAUAAUAAUAAUAAUAAUAAUAAUAAUAUCAUGUUUUGUUGCAAAACUUUAUAUAUCCACCUCACUUGCAGAGAAAUAGGUAGUACUGCUUGAUUUUACACAGUCAAAUGUUACAAAUAACUAUACUUUUAAUAAAGAACUGUACAAAUUAUACAUUUGUGACAUAAAUAUACGCUGAGUGUACAAAACAUUAAGGACACCUGCUCUUUCCAUGACAUAGACUGAUCAGGUGAAAGCCAUGAUCCCUUAUUGAUGUCACUUGUUAAAUCCACUUCAAUCAGUGUAGAUGAAGGGGAGGAGACAGGUUAAAGAAGGAUUUCUAAGCCUUGAGACAUGGAUUGUGUAUGUGUGCCAUUCAGAGGGUGAAUGGGCAAGACAAAAUAUUUAAGUGCCUUUGAACGGGGUAUGGUACUAGGUGCCAGGCGCACCGGUUUGUGUCAAGAACUGCAACGCUGCUGCAUUUUACACGCUCAACAGUUGCCCGUGUGUAUCAAGAAUGGUCCACCACCCAAAGGACAUCCAGCCAACUUGACACAACUGGGGGAAGCAUUGGAGUCAACAUGGGCCAGGAUCCCUGUGGAACGCUUUGGACACCUUCUAGAGUCCAUGCUCUUUUCCAGAGAGAUCUUAAGAUAGCUAGGUGAGACAACCACAUAUCAAAGGUUCAAUUUAGAACCUUAUGAGCAUGGUUCUAUAUAGCACCAAAAAGGGUUCCGGUGUUAGUUACAAGCCAAAGAGAAUCUGUAUCUGGUACUAUUUAGAACAUUUGUUUUUGUGUGUGUUCAGGAUAAGAACAUUCCGUUUCAGCUAAACAAUUGAUAUAUAGCGUUUUGCAACGAAACCCAUUAUAAUACACAACUAAAAUCUAUAAAUUUAAAGAAUGUGAGAACAGUAGUAUUUUACACGUACACACAUGCAGGUAAGCAAUCAUUUCUUAUCAAAAAACACAAAUGUGAAAAAUGUGUGUAUAUAGCGUUUUGGACAGAAACUCUUGAAAAAUGACUGUCAGAUUGGAAUAGGAUAUUGUGUGUGCUCUGUUCAAUCUAUUUCUGUCUUCAACAUGGUGUUCCAGAAACAUCCCUACCACAGCCCUGCCAACUGACUUGCCUAGUUAAAAUAAAGGUUAAAUAAAUAAAAAAUAGUUUCAGGAAAGUAGUCACUUCCUGACAUCUGUAUUCAGAUAGUUGUAGUCACCUCCAAAGUUACUAUUUGUUCCCCUGGAAAGAGAGUUACUUUCCACAAAGCAGACCCGUGUGUUUUCUCCCUCUCUCUCUUCCAGGGUCUCCCAUGGUAGCCCACACGUCGUCCUUGGCCCUGUCCAGCCAUCACCGCAUCGCCAUCGAGGCUCUGGGAGAGGGUCCUACCUCGACCUGCCACGACCAGGGAGACAUGGGAGGUAUGAAAUAUGCAACGUAUGCCAGUGUGUUGCCAUGAAAGAAAAUUGAAACAUAGCUUCAAUUGCAAAUCAAAGAUUUCAAGUGAGUGCUGUCCCUUUUCUUCAUUCUAAUGUUUAUAAUGUGCAAGGUCACCUGGACCCUGACCAGCCAGACCAGCCUUCUGGUAGCCACUCUCACUAUGGGGACCAGGACAACCAGCUCUCUGGCAGCCACUCUCACUAUGGGGACCAGGACAACCAGCUCUCUGGCAGCCACUCUCACUAUGGGGACCAGGACAACCAGCUCUCUGGCAGCCACUCUCACUAUGGGGACCAGGACAACCAGCUCUCUGGCAGCCACUCUCACUAUGGGGACCAGGACAACCAGCUCUCUGGCAGCCACUCUCACUAUGGGGACCAGGACAACCAGCUCUCUGGCAGCCACUCUCACUAUGGGGACCAGGACAACCAGCUCUCUGGCAGCCACUCUCACUAUGGGGACCAGCCAGACCAGCUCUCUGGCAGCCACUCUCACUAUGGGGACCAGCCAGACCAGCUCUCUGGCAGCCACUCUCACUAUGGGGACCAGCCAGACCAGCUCUCUGGCAGCCACUCUCACUAUGGGGACCAGGACGACCAGCCCCAGCACUCCCACGCAUCACAGUACAUGGAGUGUAGCGGUGGAGACGCAGACGCACCUGACCAGGUAAGGGGCAGACACAAUUUAGGUUUUUGAAUCACGUUUGAAAACACACCUUUUAAAUCAAGGAUUUUAUUGUUAUUUUAGAGAUCCUUUUUUGUUUUAUUUUGUUUUAUUCUUGUUUUGUAUCUCCUUUAUGGCUUUUCAGUUUAUCUUUCGUUCCAUUGUUUUACGGUAAAGUGCGGUACAAUUUUAAAUGCAGUUUAAAUAAAGUUUGACUAUUUGAUUUGACCAGACUGGAGAGUCCUCCUCCUCGUAUGUAGACGACGAGGAACCUGACGAGACUAGGAUCUCGUCCCGGUCUCUCUCCCGGUCCCGCUUCCCGGAGUAUGGUGUAGUCGACAACUCUGACCAGGACCUGCAGGGGUACGUGGAGUGUAGCGGAAGUGGUAGCGGAGCCGCCGACUCCAAUCCCUCGUUCCCCGGCAUUCGGCGACGCCACACUCACUACGUUGUGGACUGCAGCGCAGGGACGGGGGCGUACCUGGAGUGUGAAGAGGAUUUGAGGCCGCAGCACUCUCGGAGCUGCAGCAGCAGUGCUAACCACUCCCAGAGUCACCAAACCCUCCCUAACCACUCCCAGAGUCACCAAACCCUUCCUAACCACUCCCAGAGUCACCUAACCCUACGGCAGUAUGUGGAGUCUGUGGCUGCAGAUUCAGAGCAGCCCGGUUGUUCAAACUACCAGGAUCAGGGAGGGCAAGGGGAGGAUCCAGACCAGAACCAGGAUCCAGACCAGAACCAGGAUCCAGACCAGAACCAGGAUCCAGACCAGAACCAGGAUCCAGACCAGCCACAGCACUCUGACCAGCAGCAGCCUCAGCACUCCCACAACAUGGAGACCACCAGUAGCAGUACUGGCCCAGAGGCCUCCCUGGGGAGGUACACUGGGGCAGGGGAGGGUGACGAGGGUUCCUCCACAGACCAUCACCACCCCCAGGCAGACACUGUGAGAUCAGGCUCAGACCAUCACCACCCCCAGGCAGACACUGUGAGAUCAGGCUCAGACCAUCACCACCCCCAGGCAGACACUGUGAGAUCAGGCUCAGAGCAUCACCACCCCCAGGCAGACACUGUGAGAUCAGGCUCAGAGCAUCACCACCCCCAGGCAGACACCGUGAGAUCAGGCUCAGACCAUCACCACCCCCAGGCAGACACUGUGAGAUCAGGCUCAGAGCAUCACCACCCCCAGGCAGACACUGUGAGAUCAGGCUCAGAGCAUCACCACCCCCAGGCAGACACUGCAGGCUCAGCAGAGCAUCCAGAAGCUAUGGAGUGCACAGAGAGCCAGCCUGGCCCUUACAUCAGCAGCAGUGGGACCUACUCCUCCCACCCGGAGCCUGAGGUUGAUGAGCCCCCUGAGCCUCAGUGGUCCCCCAGUCUGGGGAGGCUUUCCAGGGGAGAGGAGGGUGGCGUGGUGGGGGGGUCUGGAACUCCAGCCGUGGAGGAGGUGGCCGGGGCUGUUAGAGGACCAGGGGUCCCCGUCCCCGUCCCCGUCCCCCACACCAUGGCUGAACUGGAGGAGAUGAUGGAGGUGGUGAUCGUUCAGCAGUUCAAGUGCAAGAUGUGCCCCUACAAGAGUGUCUCCAAAAACACCCUCAUCAACCACAUGAGGGACAGGCACUUCAAACCCACAGGUACAGUAGCCCCAUCCCACCUAGAGAGAGCUGAGAGACAGGCACUUCAAACCAACAGGUACAGUAGCCCCAUCCCACUUAGAGAGAGCUGAGAGACAGGCACUUCAAACCCACAGGUACAGUAGCCCCAUCCCACCUAGAGAGAGCUGAGGGACAGGCACUUCAAACCCACAGGUACAGUAGCCCCAUCCCACCUAGAGAGAGCUGAGAGACAGGCACUUCAAACCCACAGGUACAGUAGCCCCAUCCCACCUAGAGAGAGCUGAGAGACAGGCACUUCAAACCCACAGGUACAGUAGCUCCAUCCCACCUAGAGAGAGCUGAGAGACAGGCACUUCAAACCCACAGGUACAGUAGCCCCAUCCCACCUAGAGAGAGCUGAGGGACAGGCAUUUCAAACUCACAGGUACAGUAGCCCCAUCCCACCUAGAGAGAGCUGAGGGACAGGCAUUUCAAACCCACAGGUACAGUAGCCCCAUCCCACCUAGAGAGAGCUGAGGGAAGAGAGACACAUAAACAUACAGUACAGGAGGCAGCCAUCUAUGAAUGAAUCACUAAGAUUGAUCCUCAGUUUAGACAUAGACCUAGACACAGCUGAGGGCAGAAACUGAAUUCAAAUGGAAUCAAACUUUAUUUAUCCUCAACUGAAUUAAUGAGAUUAAAACUGUUUAUCCUCAGAUGGAUUAACUGGAUUCAAACUUUAUUCAUCCCCCGGGGAAAAUAGACUAAUACAACCCUUUAUCGUUUAUCGAACAAGCGCGCUUCCAAAGAGGCCUGUAUGGAAUAUGAUCAAAUAAAACAAGAUAGUACUUAAUUAGCUCCCAAACUGAGGUUCUCUGCUCCACUAGAAACUUAAAGCAACAUGCCUAAAUCAAUCACCAAAGGGAAAAUUCGAUUUGAUGAUCUGAUUGAUGGUCCUGUAUAGAAUACAAUGAUCUGAUUGGUGGUGUGCUGUGUGACUUCCAGGUGGCCCCCCUCCUAAGAAGCGUGGUCGUGGCCGGCCCAGGCGUAGUGAUACGUUGGCCCGUCAGCAGGCUGAGGUGAAACCAGAGCCCCAGCCUGAGGAGCCAGAGGACGAUGACAUCGUAGACGCUGGGGCCAUCGAUGACCCUGAAGGUACGUAGAGAUCCCUGUCAAGUUUUUCAAUAUUAGCACUUGUCACAAAAAGCAGAUAGUCGGUCAGCCAGUCGGUCGGUCCGUCGGUCAGCCAGUCAGUCGGUCAGCCAGUCGGUCGGUCCGUCGGUCAGCCAGUCAGUCGGUCAGCCAGUCAGUCGGUCGGUCCAUCGGUCAGCCAGUCGGUCGGUCCGUCGGUCAGCCAGUCGGUCGGUCAGCCAGUCGGUCGGUCCGUCGGUCAGCCAGUCAGUCGGUCAGCCAGUCGGUCGGUCCGUCGGUCAGCCGGUCGGUCGGUCCGUCAGCCCGUCGGUCAGCCGGUCCGUCGGCCGGUCCGUUUGUCACUCACUCGUCCGCUCUCAUCACUUACUCAUUUAUAUUGUUUACACAUAUCUAACCCUCUCAGAUCUACACCAACGCAUUGGGUGUCGAUUUGGGAUUCACACACUCACUCUCUCCCUCCAGAGGACAGUGACUAUAACCCAGCAGAUGAGGACUGUAGGGGCAGACAGCCUGCCCCUCCUCCCUGCUCCUCCACAGACCGCCCCCGCCGCAGGGUGGGACGCCCCAGGAAGUUCACCUCCACAGAGGGCAGCUACAAUGGCAAGGGUGGGUACUACUGUCGGCAUUAUAUACUCGCCAUGCUCACAUUGACUGCACAAUACACUCUCAGCUGUUUCCGUCUCUCCAUGUUUGAGUCAAGGCUUUCCAAAGUUCACUUGCAAGAAGACAAUAGUGUGCAGUUUUCAUUCUCCAAGCUGUUAUUGAAUAGGUUUCUAAUGCAUGAACUCUACCCUGUAUUUCCCUUGUUUUGGCUGAGGACAGAAGCUGAGGGUGAGAGAGCUAACAGCAGUGUGGACCCUCAAGGCUCGGAGGAGGCCAGUUCCUCAGGCCUGGGAAACGGAUCAGCUUCCUUGGCCAAUGGAAAAGCAGCGGAAGCCGGCAUCAGCCAGUCAGACUGAGAACAAAGACCCGUCACCCAAUGGGAGGCCGGAGGAGGCAGAGUUUUUCCCCAGGAAACGAGGUCGACCCUCAAAGCGGUUUCUCAGAAAGAAAUACAAGAAGUACAUGAACCGCAAGUAAGACUCAUUAUUACUGACACCUGGAAGUGAGCUACUGUAUCUCUGAAUACCUGCAUCGAACUGUCCUGGGAUAGCGUGGAUUUUAGACUUUUGACAUUGUCCCUUCCAGCGACCAUGGUGGUUGCGUACAGCACAGAUCUGUACUGUUGGAAAGGGUAUUACGUGAUGUAGCCGCAGACAGAGCUCUUCCAACCGAAUACCGUCACUCCCCCCUCCCUGUGUGUAUCACCAGGUGUUAUAAGUCUCUGAAGCCCCUCCUGAGGCCUCACAGCUGUUGGAUCUGCGGCUCUCGCUUCCUGUCCCAGGAGGACCUGAGGUUCCACGUAGACUCUCACCAAGGAAACGACCCAGAGUGCUUCAAAUGCCUGCAGUGUAACUACCGCUGCAAACGCUGGUCCUCGCUCAAGGUGAGUAGGCCAGGGGCAUACAGUCCAGUCAGUCAGUCGGUCAAUCAAAUGUACAGUGAGGGGGGGGGAGUAUUUGAUCCCCUGCUGAUUUUGUAAGUUUGCCCACUGACAAAGACAUGAUCAGUCUAUAAUUUUAAUGGUAGGUUUAUUUGAACAGUGAGAGACAGAAUAACAACAAAAAAAUCCAGAAAAAAACACAUGUCAAAAAUGUUAUAAAUUGAUUUGCAUUUUAAUGAGGGAAAUAAGUAUUUGACCCCUCUGCAAAAACAUGACUUAGUACAAGGGCAAAACCCUUGCUGGCAAUCAGAGGUCAGAUGUUUCUUGUAGUUGGCUUUUGUGGUCCUUUGAGGAAUUUGUGGUCCUCUGUAGCUCAAUUGGUAGAGCAUGGCGCUUGUAACGCCAGGGUAGUGGGUUCGAUCCCCGGGACCACCCAUAAAUAAAAAUGUAUGCACGCGUGACUGUAAGUCGCUAUGGGUAAAAGCGUCUGCUAAAUGGCAUAUUAUUAUUAUUAUUAUUAUUAUUUUGUCCCACUCCUCUUUGCAGAUCUUCUCCAAGUCAUUAAGGUUUCGAGGCUAACGUUUGGCAACUCGAACCUUCAGCUCCCUCCACAGAUUUUCUAUGGGAUUAAGGUCUGGAGACUGGCUAGGCCACUCCAGGACCUUAAUGUGCUUCUUCUUGAGCCACUCCUUUGUUACCUUGGCCGUGUGUUUUGGGUCAUUGUCAUGCUGGAAUACCCAUCCAUGACCCAAUUUCAAUGCCCUGGCUGAGGGAAGGAGGUUCUCACCCAAGAUUUGACGGUACAUGGCCCCGUCCAUCGUCCCUUUGAUGCGGUGAAGUUGUCCUGUACCCUUAGCAGAAAAACCCCCUCCAAAGCAUAAUGUUUCCACCAUGUUUGACGGUGGGGAUGGUGUUCUUGGGGUCAUAGGCAGCAUUCCUCCUCCUCCAAACACGGUGAGUUGAGUUGAUGCCAAAGAGCUCCAUUUUGGUCUCAUCUGACCACAACACUUUCACCCAGUUCUCCUCUGAAUCAUUCAGAUGUUCAUUGGCAAACUUCAGACGGGCCUGUAUAUGUGCUUUCUUGAGCAGGGGGACCUUGCGGGCGCAGCAGGAUUUCAGUCAUUCACGGCGUAGUGUGUUAACCAAUUGUUUUCUUGGUGACUAUGGUCCCAGCUGCCUUGAGAUCAUUGACAAGAUCCUCCCGUGUAGUUCUGGGCUGAUUCCUCACCGUUCUCAUGAUCAUUGCAACUCCACGAGGUGAGAUCUUGCAUGGAGCCCCAGGCCGAGGGAGAUUGACAGUUAUUUUGUGUUUCUUCCAUUUGCGAAUAAUCGCACCAACUAUUGUCACCUUCUCACCAAGCUGCUUGGCGAUGGUCUUGUAGCCCAUUCUAGCCUUGUGUAGGUUUACAAUCUUGUCCCUGACAUCCUUGGAGAGCUCUUUGAUCUUGGCCAUGGUGGAGAGUUUGGAAUCUGAUUGAUUGAUUGCUUCUGUGGACAGGUGUCUUUUAUACAGGUAACAAGCUGAGAUUAGAAGCACUCCUUUUAAGAGUGUGCUCCUAAUCUCAGCUCGUUACCUGUAUAAAAGACACCUGGGAGCCAGAAAUCUUUCUGAUUGAGAGGGGGUCAAAUACUUAUUUCCCUCAUUUAAAAUGCAAAUCAAUUUAUAACAUUUUUGACAUGCGUUUUUCUGGAUUUUGUUGUUGUUAUUCUGUCUCUCACUGUUCAAAUAAACCUACCAUUAAAAUUAUAGACUGAUCAUUUCUUUGUCAGUGGGCAAACGUACAAAAUCAGCAGGGGAUCAAAUACUUUUUUUCCCUCACUGUAUAUAGCCCUCAUUACAGCAUCAUCUUUAUUGUAAAUUAAUUACACUGCUUCUUUAAUCAUUGAAUUAGUCUUCAGUUGUUCUCUCGUGUCUCAGGCCUGGUCUGUUCCCUGUACUGUCUGUAAUAACCACAGUGGGAAUGAUAAGAGCCUGUGGUCUCUGCUGUGUUAACAGGAACACAUGUUCAACCACCAGGGGAACAAGCCCUUUAAGUGUGAGGUGUGUGACUACAGCAGUGUGUAUAAGAAGGAUGUCAACAGACACUCAGCAAUACACAACAAGGACCAGUAUGUACACGCACACACACAGGACUGCAUUGCAGUGCUAGCUGUGCCACUAGAGAACCUGGUUCGAAUCCAGGCUCUGUCGUAGCCGGUCGCGACCGGGAGACCCAUGGAGCGGUGCACAAUUGGCCCAGUGUCGUCCAGGGUAGGGGAGGGAAUGGCCGGCAGGGAUGUAGCUCAGUUGGUAGAGCAUGGCGUUUGCAAUGCCAGGGUUGUGGGUUCGAUUCCCACGGGGGGUAUGAAAAAUAAAAAAAUAAUGUAUGCACUCACUAAGUGUAAGUCGCUCUGGAUAAGAGCGUCUGCUAAAUGACUAAAAUGUAAAUGUAAAUGUUAUCGUACACUCAGCAGUACUCAACCAGGACCAGUAUGUACACACGCACACACACAGGACGUUAUCAUACACUCAGCAGUACUCAACCAGGACCAGUAUGUACACGCACACACACAGGACGUUAUCAUACACUCAGCAGUACUCAACCAGGACAAGUAUGUUCUCUCCUGACACCAUGUGGGACAUUCACCUGUGAGCUCCACACAACUCACAUUACCAGACCAAAAUGGCACAUUGACCUUUAUUGGUUUUUAGCUGGAGACCGAUCGAUCUCGAUCUAAAAUACUAAAAGCUUGAUCGAUCAUUUGAUCAAUCAAUCAUUAGAUCCAGUAACUUUAUUUUUUCAUCCUUUCACAGGAAAACAAAGUCUGAGUCUGUAAGUAUUUUCCCCUUUUUAUCUAUAAAUGUUGAGUUACCAUAGUUACCAUAGUUGGUCAACCUAGAUAGGCUUUUUCUAUCCAGAUCACCCCAGGUAUAAACAUGUUAUAAACCUAUUGAGGGAUCUUGUUGUCAUGCCAUAGCAGGUUUAUUAUAUCUGAAUAAAGGUUUUAAACCCAGUAAGAUAUCUUGUUUUUAUGCCAUAGGAGUCGUAUGGUCCGUCUGUACCAGCCAGAUGUAUUUGUACAGGUCUUUCUGACUCUCAGCAGGUGUAUAAGGUGUUGUCGUUCCCGUGUCCAGUGUGGUCUUUCUGACUCUCAGCAGGUGUAUAAGGUGUUGUCAUUCCCGUGUCCAGUGUGGUCUUUCUGACUCUCAGCAGGUGUAUAAGGUGUUGUCGUUCCCGUGUCCAGUGUGGUCUUUCUGACUCUCAGCAGGUGUAUAAGGUGUUGUCAUUCCCGUGUCCAGUGUGGUCUUUCUGACUCUCAGCAGGUGUAUAAGGUGUUGUCAUUCCCGUGUCCAGUGUGGUCUUUCUGACUCUCAGCAGGUGUAUAAGGUGUUGUCGUUCCCGUGUCCAGUGUGGUCUUUCUGACUCUCAGCAGGUGUAUAAGGUGUUGUCAUUCCCGUGUCCAGUGUGGUCUUUCUGACUCUCAGCAGGUGUAUAAGGUGUUGUCAUUCCCGUGUCCAGUGUGGUCUUUCUGACUCUCAGCAGGUGUAUAAGGUGUUGUCGUUCCCGUGUCCAGUGUGCCACAGAGUCUACCCCAUGCAGAAGAGACUCACUCAGCACAUGAAGACACACAGUGCUGAGAAACCACACAUGUGUGACAAGGUAACACAUCAUCUGACCGUGAUGAACAAUUCCAAUAAUCCACUCAAAUCAAUCAGGUUUCUAGUUUUAAUCUCAGCUUUUCAUUAAAAUCUUUAUAAAUCUCUGUUUGUGCUUUGACUUCACAGUGUGGGAAGUCCUUCAAGAAGAGAUAUACGUUCAAGAUGCAUCUCCUAACACACAUCCAGAGUGUGGACAACAGCAGGUCAGUACAGGAUGUAGCGCCAUUUUCAUUGUGCCUCUAAGCAGAACAUAGCCUAUUUUUUUGUUUUUUAAACGUUUUUAUACUUUAUAUGUUAAGUUUACACUACAAUCACCCCAGAUUUUUUAAACACCUCUCUAUUAAGUAUUUUAGCUACUUUUUUGCCCUUGUCCCAGACUUUUGAGCUUCUACUAUGUUUUUCUAUGAGAAAACAUUAUGUAAUGUGUAAUUAUUAAAGAAAGAGUCAAUGAAAUAAAAUCUAUAUCAACAUUUAUUUUGAGUAUGCCCUUUUAUAUUGUUUUUUUAAUGAAAAAUAUACCUGUCCUUUGGUAGUGGUGUCAUUUCCAGCACUGAGGACAAAUUCCUCAUAAAUAAAGUUUUGUCAAGAGAAUGUUAACUUAGUUACCAUGGAAACGUAUUGUGACACUGAAGCACAUGGCUGCAGCGGACAGUUGUUCCAGAUGUGAUGUCCAGAGGUAAAUAUUGCUUGUGUAGAGAAUAUUUAUAUUGUCAGUCAUUUCCAAACAGCCUAUAAUUUAUUUAAUUUGUGGUAGAUUUAUUUAAUAUAGAUAUAAUGUAUUUAGUGUAAACUAUAUAUACAGUGAGAGGAAAAAAGUAUUUGAUCCCCUGCUGAUUUUGUACGUUUGCCCACUGACAAAGAAAUGAUCAGUCUAUAAUAUUAAUGGUAGGUUUAUUUGAACAGUGAGAGACAGAAUAACAACAAAAAAAUCCAGAAAAACGCAUGUAAAAAAUGUUAUAAAUUGAUUUGCAUUUUAAUGAGGGAAAUAAGUAUUUGACCCCCUCUCAAUCAGAAAGAUUUCUGGCUCCCAGGUGUCUUUUAUACAGGGAACGAGCUGAGAUUAGGAGCAUACUCUUAAAGGGAGUGCUCCUAAUCUCAGUUUGUUACCUGUAUAAAAGACACCUGUCCACAGAAGCAAUCAAUCAAUCAGAUUCCAAACUCUCCACCAUGGCCAAGAACAAAGAGCUCUCCAAGGAUGUCAGGGACAAGAUUGUAGACCUACACAAGGCUGGAAUGGGCUACAAGACCAUCGCCAAGCAGCUUGGUGAGAAGGGGACAACAGUUGGUGCGAUUAUUCGCAAAUGGAACACAAAAUAACUGUCAGUCUCCCUCGGCCUGGGGCUCCAUGCAAGCUCUCACCUCGUGGAGUUGCAAUGAUCAUGAGAACGGUGAGGAAUCAGCCCAGAACUACACGGGAGGAUCUUGUCAAUGAUCUCAAGGCAGCUGGGACCAUAGUCACCAAGCUGAGUCAGAUUGGUGACCAAAAUGGAGCUCUUUGGAAUCAGAUGAGACCAAAAUGGAGCUCUUUGGAAUCAACUCAAUUCGCCGUGUUUGGAGGAGGAGGAAUGCUGCCUAUGACCCCAAGAACACCAUCCCCACCGUCAAACAUGGAGGUGGAAACAUUAUGCUUUGGGGGUGUUUUUCUGCUAAGGGGACAGGACAACUUCACUGCAUCAAAGGGAUGAUGGACGGGGCCAUGUACCGUCAAAUCUUGGGUAAGAACCUCCUUCCCUCAGCCAGGGCAUUGAAAAUGGGUCGUGGAUGGGUAUUCCAGCAUGACAAUGACCCAAAACACACAGCCAAGGCAACAAAGGAGUGGCUCAAGAAGAAGCACAUUAAGGUCCUGGAGUGGCCUAGCCAGUCUCCAGACCUUAAUCCCAUAGAAAAUAUGUGGAGGAGCUGAAGGUUUGAGUUGCCAAACAUCAACCUUGAAACCUUAAUGACUUGGAGAAGAUAUGCAAAGAGGAGUGGAACAAAAUCCCUCCUGAGAUGUGUGCAAACCUGGUGGCCAACUACAAGAAACGUCUGACCUCUGUGAUUGCCAACAAGGGUUUUGCCACAAAGUACUAAGUCAUGUUUUGCAGGGGGUCAAAUACUUAUUUCCCUCAUUAAAAUGCAAAUUAAUUUAUACCAUUUUUGACAUGCGUUUUUCUGGAUUUUUUUGUUGUUAUUCUGUCUCACUGUUCAAAUAAACCUACCAUUAAAAUUAUAGACUGAUCAUGUCUUUGUCAGUGGGCAAACGUACAAAAUCAGCCGGGGAUCAAAUACAUUUUUCCCCUCACUGUACUAGCUGUAAUAAUAGCCAAAGCAUGCUAAGCAGUCUGUCAUUUUUCUCCAAAAACUGUAGAAGCGUCAUUUCCAUCAGUCAUUUCCAUCACAAACUUAACUGUGGUGGAAAUGACAGAACGUGGUGGAAAUGACAAAAAUCCAUUUAUGUUAAUAGUUUUAUUACUUUAGGCUUAUUUAAUCAUGUUUUACAUUUAUUUAAUCUAGAAAAUGCUGUGGUCAAAGCCGCACAAGUUGAAAACUUAAGUAGUAUUUUUCUUUUGUUUUCAGAAGAUGGCACAUAAAACAGCACAGAGGUCACAGAGGUCAUAGAAACCAAAUAAGAAAUGAUCCUAUACGAUACCAGGAACAUCUGCAAAAAGACAGGGAGAGAUACUGGAAGAAACGGGAGAAGUGAAAUCUAUCUCUGAGAUUACGAAGCGAGAGAAGGCAAUGGAAAUGCAACCAAUGGAAUAGAAGACAUUUAAAGAGAACAGUUGCAAUGGAGACCUACCUAUCAGGCAACACACCACCUCAGUCACCAGAUGACUUGCAGCCAGAGGGCAACAUACCUGCCCCUAACUUACCUGCCCCUGAUGCACGCCCUGAUACCCUUUCCUCGUUGUCUGCAACAGGAAUGAGAAGUCGAAUACUUGCCGGAAGGAAAAAAGGUUGGAAGGUUUCGCUCAAAAACAUACAGAGAUCUUUGCGUGACAAAGCUUUACGGAAAUCUUGAGAAAUACAAAAUGUAUUUUUUUUUUAAUCAACUGAUGAAGAUGGAGAGACAAAACAGCAAACGAAGAAGAACUUGAGAUUUUAUCGUUUCAAAAAUGCCAUCAUUGCAGAGUCAAGCAAAAGUAUCAAAAAAUGCGCAACAGUGCCAAGGACAAAAAAAUGCUCAGAGGCGCAACAUCCUGAGAAAGUAUGGCCUGGUCAAAGCCGCAAACGGAGAAUUUGGAUUUUCAGCAAAAGCAAUGAGGGGCAAAUUAAAACAGGCCAACAAGUCUUCAAUAGUCCAGGAAAAAGCAGUGUAACAGAAUUAACAAAACAACAGAAGAGAAAUUCACCUGAUGAUGUGACGACAACAGUAGAGCAACAACUAACUGUAAGUCGCUCUGGAUAAGAGCGUCUGCUAAAUGACUAAAAUGUAAAUGUAAACAACAGGGAAAAAGGGCACUAACGAGGAACAAGAAAAACGAGCAGAAGCGCUUCUUGAAUGGCACAAUUCAGAACCUUUUAUCAGAAUUUUAAGAGGGAAUAUUCAGAGAUUAAAAAUGUCCUACUAUGAAUUCUGUAAAAUAUGUCAUUUUUGGGUUGUCAAGCCAACAGUCCAGGAUAGGGACACGUACCUCUGCAAAACCCACGUCAACCUCCAGUUCAUGGCGGACAAACUACAGUAUCACAAAGUGAUCAGCUGAAGCAACGUUGAUAACCUUUUUAUUGAGUCUUUGUGCUGUGAGAACCUGAAGAAAGAGCGCAGGUACACAGAGUGCUCCCUUUUGCCAAGCAAAAUAGCUUUUAAACAUCUUGACUUUGAUGCUGCUGAGCAGACAUGGUGGUUCGAGAGGGAAAACGGAAGAGCUGAAGAGAGAAGAAAAACAAAGAGGGAAACUGAGAAGUUCCCUGUACAUUUGACAGUAAAAGAAAAGGUGUGUGGCGCACUGCAGAUUCUACUGGAGGACUUCUCCAAAGAAAUGUAAGAGAAGUUGGGGAAACACGUGUACGACAUUCGACAGCAAUACUCCAUACUGAGAUAAUUUUAAAAGAGAAUCUGCGGAAAGAGGAGAUCAUCGUGCAUAUUGGCUUUGCAGAGAACUACCUGUGUAAAAUACACAAGUGAAAUCCAGCAAGUUCACUUUGGUGAUUCUCACAAGCAGGUGACCCUCCACACCUGUGUUGGAUAUACCACAAAUGAUACAGUGUCACUUUUCUCACUGAGCUCUUCUAUGCGGCAUGACCCCUCUGCUAUCUGGGCCCAUCUCUCAAAAACACUGGCCUACUUCCUUGAGCUCUGCCCAUCGGCUAAUUUUGGAUCUUACUUUUGUCUUAUAUGAAUUAAAUGUUUAGCAAUGGUUGUUGUUCAAAAAUGGUUGCAAUAAAAUAUUGUUUUCAUACGUUUUUAUUUUUUACAUAGAUGUCAUUUCCACCACACCCAUAUUUUUUUGGUAAAUUUAGUAUAUUAUGUAUAAUUUACAUUUGAUUUGUUUUAGAUAGGGAAAUCCUAUGGUUGUCAUCAUAAUCUCACAAAAAGGUUGGGUGGAAAUAUCUUAUUUUUCAUGAUAAAUAAAUGUUUUCAGCUGUCACAAAGGCAAGUUUAUACAUUCAGGCGUCGUGUUGAAUUAUUAAUAUUAGGAAAACCUUAAAAAUCACUUAAAAUAAUAUUCAAUACAAGUGAAUGUACAAAUGUGUAAGAAAUGUGUUUUAAGUUAAUUGUAUGGUAUUUCAUUUUCAACUAAAAAUGAUGUUUAAUGACGUGAUGGAAAUUAAAUUUGUCUAUGGCUGUCUGAGAAAAAUGACAAAAAUAAAUAAAUUGCUGAAUAGUACAAUCGCAGCCAUUAUCAGAUAUUAUUUCUAGACAAAUCAAAGACAAUUAUAAUAUUAUUAAAAUGGUGUUUCAAUACGUUUUUUUAAUUUCUGAAAGCUUGCAGGGCCAAAGUGCCCGAAGUUGCAGAAUCACCCACCUCCCUGUUUCACCCUGUUUCAAAAUGUUUUCUCCUUAUCAUACACUACACAGUGUUAAAAUCCUGUGACCUGCCUAAUGCAUGUCUCUGUUCACCAGGGUCAAGUGUGAGUUCUGUGACUAUGACUGUGACAACAAGAAGCUCCUGCUCAACCACCAGCUGUCCCACAACAACGACCGGCCCUUUAAAUGUGACUACUGUAAAUACUCCACCUCUAAAGAGGACUUCCUGGUCUCACACCUGGCCAUCAAACACACAGGUGAGUUCUACACCUGACCCUGACUCUUAACACUAUCAGUCUCGAGACCACAGAAAACAUUUCAUUUAUGACUUUCAUUUAUCUGCAUGUCCAGCCCUUAUAUUUAGUCUAUAUUUUACCAUUUUCUUUUCAGGACAACCAUAGCUACAAGUAGAACACUAAACUAUUUGACAUAAACAGUUGGGCUGACCCCAAUUAGUCGGCUGGUCGAUUGUUAGAUCGAUAGGCUGUUGGUCGACCAACAUUUGUAUAUUAUUAUUUAUAUUAUGAUAAUUUUUUAAAAAGUUUUUAUGGCACACAAGAUUGUAUUAUUGGCGCCCAUCUCAGUGAACUAAUCCAUUGCGGAGGCCACAGGGAUGGCACAGUCAAAGGAGAAGGGGAGAGUGACAAUUUGUGCACGUUCAUUGUUUCAUAACUUCAUUGUGUGAAUUGUUUGCUUUUGAAUGUUAGUGUCUAUCAAUUCCCCAUUACAUACAGUGCGGAGAACAAGUAUUUGAUACACUGCCGAUUUUGCAGGUUUUCCUACUUACAAAGCAUGUAGAGGUCUUUAAUUUUUAUCAUAGGUACACUUCAACUGUGAGAGACGGAAUCUAAAAUAAAAAUCCAGAAAAUCACAUUGUAUGAUUUUUAAGUAAUUAAUUUGCAUUAAUUCCUAUAAUUACUCAUCUACAAUGUUUGUUUGGUUACGGUAAUGUCUCUUGAUGCGUAUGUAAUUAUUCCAGUCUUUUACUGUUCUCAUUGUCGGAGUGGACACGUUGUUUGCAGAACGCACAACCUAUGCUACACUUGUUGAGUAAGGAUGCGCACCUGAUUAUGCAUAGAAGUAGGCCUAUAGGCAUAUAAAUGUGCCCAUUUGGGGAUCUGAUAGUAUUUCUGAUUGGCUUAACGCACCACCACUAAUGAGCUGUGGAGCUUCUCAAAGUAAUGUUUUCUUCACCUCAAACAGCAAGCAAACAUCCAUUGAGAAUGACAAUAGUUCCUCAAUGUAUUUGUAAAAUCUUUCCAGCUCUCUCCCUUUCGAUCACCACUCAGCGUGAAAGGGAAAAAUGUCAUGCUCUGAUCGAUUGGAAACAUCAUAAAACAGACCUCCCUGAUUACUACUUAUCUCUUGAUCAAGUAGCCUACAGCUGUGUCUGUCCCAAGCUCACUGGCGCAGGAAACUCUGAAGGCCCAGAAUAUUUUAUACAAUGUUGCAAGUUUGCUAGUGCAUGCUUCAGGCAGGACCCAAUUUAAUAGUUGAUAUAAUGUUUUAAGUUUGUUGCAGACAGGCCAUGUGCAGCCAAUGUGAUUUAUAGGAUAUUUAUUUUUUGUUGGAUGUUUUUAUUUGUUGGCUUUAUGGGCUAUUUCUACAUAGUUGGCAAUGGCAAUAGAAGUACAUUUUUUUAGGUUUAUUUUCAUUUAGAUUUGGAUAGAAAUGUUGAUUAACCACAUGACAAUGAUUUUGAGAUACGAAGAUGUUAUUAUAUAUUAAAUGAAACUGUUCCACGAAAAUGUGCAUAUGAAAACCAUAACUGGCACGCAGAUCGGUAGAAAUGGCAAGAUAAAUUGGCAUUCCACAUGAGAAAGGUUGCAGACUCCUCGUGUAACCUAUUAAUGGCAACUUCAGGAGAGUAACGGCAGAAUCUGCGAAAGCCAGUAGGAGCGGGAGGAGGAUGGCCGGGACAGGUUAAGGUUUUUGUCUUCUGGUUAUCUUGAUCUCUGGCUCCCUCUUGAAUCAUUUGUGUCUUAUUUCAUCAAACAGUGCGCUUAAACCAUCAGACAAGCUCAAUGCAUAUAUAGUUGAUUUUCUUAACACACAGGGUGUGUCUAUGUAUGGAAAAAUACACUUUUUAAAAUUUGGUCUACCAAUAUAUAUUUUUUGUCAGGGACAGCCCUAAUAAACAGUUGCAUUCAAAUGUCAAUAAAAACAAUAAGGUCCGCCAAAGCAAAAACCUGAUAAAAAUGAAUUCAUAUGAAUGCUGUAAGUACAGAACUUGUUAGCUCAGUAGGAAAUUAAUAUCCAACUAGUCAGUGACAACUGUGUGGAGUUUGUAACAGCAACUAUCUUCUAUGUAGAAGAACCCCUUACCUUCUAAUGGCUCUGUAGCUUGUGAGCAUCAUAGAGCAUAACAUGUUACAUGUGCGUGUUUGAGUCUCAGCUUUUCAUAGAUGGCUUUUAAUCGUUUUUAGCUCAAACCAUUCGGACUCUACAAACAUUUUUGUAAAAAACCCGGCCCCGGGCCCCUUCGGGAUCCGCCCUUGUCUCACAAACACCUCUCUAGCUCCUCCCCCGUUAAUCACACAGACCAAUGGUUGGUACCAACAGAUGUGGAAGAAAUAGACAAAUCCAAUGGUACAAGCCACACAAUGUUUAAAAGGGGUUGGAAGUCCAAAUUGCGCCGGCGUCGCAGUGGGACUCAUUGGGUUAAACCCAACCCUAACCCUUUAAAUGUGACUAUUGUAAAUACUCCACCUCUGAAGAGGGCUUCCUGGUCUCACACCUGGCCAUCAAACACAUAAGUGAGUCACUGUGAUCUUCUCCAUCACGAUCAGUUUAGUUCACUAGCUAUUACAAUUAUUUACCCCUCAACCCCACCAGUUUUCAGCUGUACCUGGGAUUCGAACCCGCGACCCUUCGGUCAAUGGCUCUCUUCUCUAACCUCUCUGCCACCCCAUAUUCAGCUAAUCAAGGUGUUGAAGAUCUAGGAGCAGAAGGAUUUAGGAUCACUGCUUUAGCAUAUUUACCCCAUGGUAGAUCUAAUGUGCCCUCCUUUCGCCCUCUAGGAGAGAAGCCAUUCUCCUGUGAGAUGUGCCACUUCACGACGAAGCACCGUAAGAACCUGCGUCUGCACGUCCAGUGUCGCCACCCGGAGGCGUUUGAGGAGUGGAGCGCUACUCAUCUCUAGCUCCUCCCCCGUCAGACGAAGGAGGAGACCCUUCUUCACCCUGCAGCAGAUAGAGGACCUCAAACAGCAACACGACGACACACCGGGCCUACAGAACACUCUAGUACGCCUGGGGAUGAGCUAAACUGUACUUUAUAUCUCUGUAUGCCUCUCAAUAUAGAGAUGAACGUGCGUUUGGGGGGCUUCAGUGGGUCUUCUAAAGGAAAAACAGUAGAAGCCAGUAACUCGGAAUGAAUAAUUAUCUAAUGGAUAGUUUUGGGAAUGUUUGACUGUUGUGUUAGGUAGCAGUGGAUCCUGACACCCUACAAGCCAUGCAGACGAUGCAGAACGCCUCAGUCUCCCAAGAUGCAAUGGGAAACACCACCAUCACUUACGAACAGGGUCAGUUAUUUUUCGUCUUCCUUCUUCUUCAGGUGACCGACUGCCCCACCGAGACUCUUUCUUAUGGCCUAAGAUCUCUUCCAAGCCCAAUGGUAACGUUUAUAAUGCAUUGUGAAGCAUGACACAAUAAUAACUUUAAUCUCUCUCCAUCUCUACAGCAGCCGGGAACUCAGACCUGUCAGCCCAGAAUGCUCUGGAUCUGCUGUUGAAUAUGAGCAACGCCAGACAGCUGGUGAAAAACUCUCUACAGGUACUGCUGGGUCACACAUUGGCUCAUUGAGUAGACCUCUGUUGUUUUACUUACCUGUGCAAUGAUUCAUACAGGGAUGCUACACGGGUCUGCAUGAAUGGGACAGACUAGGUUGUGUAUUGGAUUAGCAGUCUGUCUGUGUGUGCUCCUCAGGUACAGAUGGUGAAAUCAUCGGACUCCGAGGUUCUAGAAGCGGGCUCCUGGACAGGGGUUACCUCAGCGACCGGGGGAGCUCAAAAGGUUGGUUGAUUUGAUUUUAAUUUAUUUUAAGCUGGUAUAGCGUUUCUUAAAGGAGAAUUUUGCUUAUUUACAACCAAAUCUCAAUUUGUAUGUAAAUUGCAUGUUGUAGAAGGGUCCAGACACUUUUUUUUUUGUUGUUGCAAUUUCGUACACACACUAGAGGGUUGGUACUGUACAUAUGGGCUUUAGGCGACGGCAUUACCCGCUAGAACAUAAUUUCUUAAAUGCUGGUCCUGGGGACCCAAAGGGAUGCAAGUUUUAGUUGUUGCCUUAGCACUCACACACCUGAUUCAAAUCAAAGGCUUGGUGAUGAGUUGAUUAGUUGAAUCCAGUGUCUGAGUGAACCCCUUUGGGUCCCCGAGAACAGGAUUAAAGGAGAAAUUGGACUAUAUUGAGAGCUUUUCCAUUUCUAAAAGGACGUAUUUAUGUGGUUUUGGAGCCUUUGUUUCAGAGACCCCAUACUGCACAACGAGGAUGAGGAAGUGAAUCGCUGGCUGGGGGAAGUUUCUCAAAAACAAGUGAAAUUGCAACAACAAAAAAAACAGUGUCUGUACCCUUCUUCUAGUCUGUACCCUUCUAUAAGGGUACAGACUGUAGUCCUCUGUAGCUCAAUUGGUAGAGCAUGGCGCUUGUAACGCCAGGGUAGUGGGUUCGAUCCCCGGGACCACCCAUACGUAAAAAAUGUAUGCACACAUGACUGUAAGUCGCUUUGGAUAAAAGCGUCUGCUAAAUGGCAUAUUAUUAUUAUAUAACAUGUACAACUACAAAAAUAGAGAUUUGGUUAAAAAAAUUGCCAAUUUCUCAUUUAAUCCUGUUCUCGGGGGCCCAAAGGGGUGCACUUUUUUGCUUUUGACCGUUCACUCAGACACUUGAUUCAACUAAUCAACUCAUCACCAAGCCUUUGAUUUGAAUCAGGUGUGUGAGUGCUAAGGCAACAACUAAAACUUGCAUCCCUUUGGGUCCCCAGGACCAGCAUUUAAGAAAUUAUGUUCUAGCGGGUAAUGCCGUCGUCUAAAGCCCAUAUAUUACAAUACCAACCCCCCCCAGUGUGCGUACCAAUCCCAGUCCCACCACUAUUCUGCGUUUCAUUUUCUCUCGGUCUCCCCACCUAUUUCAUGAUAUCUAAAUCAAAUUAAAAGCGCCCAAAAAUUAUAAAAAAAAAAAAAAAAAGUGGGGUCUUUUUAAUUUCUGUUGUGGUCCUUUAGGUUGUGACGUUCCAGGUGUCUGAGAACGGGGAGACCCUGGUACAAGAGGUCGAGGAGGUCUAUGAGGCUGGGACCGAUGAGAAUGGAGAGAUUACCCAGAUAUCCAUCCAGGCCUAUAAGGAGUCAGAGGGCUUCAGUGUGGUGGAACGGAUGGAACAAGCUACACAGGAGAUGCAAAGCACCGGACCUGGAUACAGGUAGAGUAGAAUCUGGACUCACCUGGCCUAACCUGGCCAACACAGCACUGGCCAUUAGCUAAUGAGCACCAUUCUGUCUUUCUGAUCUGCUAUACACAACUGACAUUCCUGAUGAUGUUUUACCAAUGAUUUUUUUGAAGCGCUGAAAUAAGUUUCUUCUCCCAUUUUUCAAAAAGUAUCAAACAUUUUUGGAGAUACAUGAACUUGGUUGACUUCCACUUCACCGUGUUUUCAGUAGUGGUGAGGGCAGUCCCCAGCCCAUGGAGGAAGACCAGGAUGGAACAGAAACACUCCAAGAGAACAGAGACAGCCACUACUACCUGACCUCUGGUCUGGGGGAUGGCAUUCUACAGCAGGUGGAGGUAAGCCGGCCACAGGAGAACCACAUACUGUGGCAGGGGGGGCGUUAGAGAACAGUUUUCCUUGUGAACAUUUCCACAGGAAUACAGUGCCUGCAAUGUGCCUAAGAUGAUGUUAAUGCUCAGUCUUUCGGGAAACUCUUCCCUGUUCAGUUGAACUGUAGAUGUCUGAGAAGGCAAUCAGUAGUCUGCUGUCUCAUCCUCAAUCUCUCUCUCUCUCCCUCUCUUCAGCUAAGCAGUGAGGCCCCCGGUUCCCCCUCCAUGGUGGGAUCCCCCCAGGAUCAGAACCAGCUCAACCCCAAGAGGUUCUCCUGUCGUAUCUGCACGGAGUCGUUCCACGGCCGCAGUGACAUGGAGAACCACAAGAGGGCCCAUAUCGACCCGUCCACCUUCAAGUGUCCUGACUGUGACUUCACUGCCUCCUCCUGGCCAGACGUCAAGGUGGGUCUUUUUUUAUCAUUUCUCAGCCUUUGGGUAAAUCUCAGAAGUAUUUUGUUGAUUCCUUGUGCCCUCCCUAGAGGAGAGCUUCGGAGUAGUAGAUAAGUUUCCUCCCCUCGGAUUUCCUCUGUUCUUCUCUCUACCCUCUUACGUUUUGAGGUGGUGGUGAGGAGAGCACACCCAAUAAAUUGAGGAAAGAGUUUGAGAUUAACCCUUUUAAUACAUAUGAAGGGACUUUUUUUGCCCCAAAGAAUGUUUUUUUUGUUCUUGAAAGGCAGCAUUGACCUAGUUAGUAAAUUACAGUUUGUUCUAUCCAAAGCAUGCUAUCAUUUUAGUUAUCGAUGUACCAUUCCUUUCUCAGACCCACAUGGGCGUGCAUGCCUACCUGCGGCCUCACACCUGUCCCAGCUGCAGCUUCGCCUCCAGGAACAAGAAGGACCUGAGGAGGCACAUGAUGACGCAUACCAACGAGAAGCCCUUCACCUGCCAGAUCUGUGGACAGAGGUAUUCAACCAAUUAGGGCAUCUUGAGGCCGUUGAGAAUACACUUUGUUAUUGUGUUGGGAGGGUGACGGCAGCUUAGAAUGGUUUUUUUGUUGUUGUUGUGUACAGAAAAAGUUAUGAAAGCACCUUAGGGAACCCUUCUGGUCUGUCGCACCUAUCAGGUUUAAUCGUAACGGCCACCUCAAGUUCCAUAUGGAGCGUCUCCACAGCCAGGAGCCUCCGACGAGGAAGACUCAUUCUGGAGGAGGCUCCCAGCAGCAGACCUUCAUAGUCAGCAGUGAUGAGGAGGCUCUCGUCAUGCUACAGUGUAAGGAACACACACGUUUACACCAACAUGUAGGUCAUUUCACUGGGUGAAUAAAUCACUGAUGUCCUCCAUUUCCUUCCAUCCAACCCAUUUGGGGGGGGGGGGCAAAUGCAAAUAGUCUGGGUAGCCAUUUGAUUAGAUGUUCAGGAGUCUUAUGGCUUGGGGGAUAGAAGUUGUUUAGAAGGCUCUUGGACCUAGACUUGUCGCUCCGGUACCGCUUCCCAUGCUUUAGCAGAGAGAACAGUCUAUGACUAGGGUGGCUGGAGUCUUUGACAAUUUUUAGGGCCUUCCUCUGACACCACCUGGUAUAGAGGUUCUUGAUGGCAGGAAGCUUGGCCCCAGUGAUGUACUGGGUCGUACGCACUACCCUCUGUAGUGCCUUGCGGUCAGAGGCCGAGCAGUUGCCAUACCAGGCAGUGAUGCAACCAGUCAGGAUGCUCUCGAUGGUGCAGCUGUAGAACCUUUUGAGGGACUGAGGACCCAUGCCAAAUCUUUUCAGUCUCCUUAGGGGGAAUAGGUUUUGUCGUGCCCUCUUCACGACUGUCUUGGUGUGCUUGGACCAUGUUAGUUUGUUGGUGAUGUGGACACCAAGGAACUUACAGCUCUCAACCUGCUCCACUACAGCCCCGUCGAUGAGAAUGGGGCCGUGCUCGGUCCUCUUCUUGAUCAGGCCUACCACUGUUGUGUCAUCGACAAACUUAAUGAUGGCGUUGGAGUCGUGCCUGACCAAGCAGUCAUGAGUGAACAGGGAGUACAGGAGGGGACUGAGCACGCACCCCUUAGGGGCCCCCGUGUUGAGGAUCAGCGAGGCGGAUGUGUUGUUACCUACACUUACCACCUGGGGGCGGCCCGUCAGGAAGUCCAGGAUCCAGUUGCAGAGGGAGGUGUUUAGUCCCAGGAUCCUUAGCUUAGUGAUGAGCUUUGAGGGCAAUAUGGUGUUGAACGCUGUAGUCAAUGAAUAGCAUUCUCACGUAGGUGUUCCUUUUGUCUAGGUGUGAAAGGACAGUGUGGAGCGCAAUAAUCUGUGUGGAUCUGUUGGAGCGGUAUGCAAAUGAGGGUGGGUCAAGGGUUUCUGGGAUAAUGGUGUUGAUGUGAGCCAUGACCAGCCUUUCAAAGCACUUCAUGGCUACAGACGUGAGUUCUACGGGUCGGUAGUCAUUUAGGCAGGUUACCUUAGUGUUCUUGGGCACAGGGACUAUGGUGGUCUGCUUGAAACAUGUUGGUAUUACAGACUCAGUCAGGGAGAGGUUAAAAAUGUCAGUGAAGACACUUGCCAGUUGGUCAGCGCAUGCUUGGAGUACACGUCCUGGUAAUCCGUCUGGCUCUGCGGCCUUGUGAAUGUUGACCUGUUUAAAGGUCUUACUCACAUCGGCUACGGAGAGCGUGAUCACACAGUCGUCCGGAACAGCUGAUGCUCUCAUGCAUGUUUCAGUGUUACUUGCCUCGAAGCGAGCAUAGAAGUAAUUGAAAGUGGCAGCUCUACCCUUUAGCUCAGUGUGGAUGUUGCCUGUAAUCCAUGGCUUCUGGUUGGGGUAUGUACGUACAGUCACUGUGGGGACGACGUCAUCGAUGCACUUAUUGAUGAAGCCAGUGACUGAUGUGGUGUACUCCUCAAUGCCAUCGGAAGAAUCCCGGAACAUAUCCCAGUCUGUGAUGGCAAAACAGUCCUGUAGCUUAGCAUCUGCUUCAUCUGACCAUUUUUCUAUUGACUGAGUCACUGGUGCUUCCUGCUUUAGUUUUUGCUUGUAAGCAGGAAUCAGGAGGAUAGAGUUAUGGUCAGAUUUGCCAAAUGGAGGGCGAGGGAGAGCUUUGUACGCAUCUCUGUGUGUGGAGUAAAGGUGGUCUAGAGUUUUUUUCCCUCUGGUUGCACAUUUAACAUGCUGGUAGAAAGGAGGUAAAACGGAUGUAAGUUUCUUCAUUGAGUGCAGUCUUAGUGCCAGCAUUGGUUUGUGGUGGUAAAUAGACCGCUACGAAGAAUAUAGAUGAAAACUGUUGGUUGAUAGUGUGGUCUACAGCUUAUCAUGAGAUACUCUACCUCAGGCGAGCAAAACUUCAAGAAUUCCUUAGAUAUCGUGCACCAGCUGUUGUUUACAAAUAUACAUAGACCGCCACCUCUUGUCUUACCAGAGGCUGCUGUUCUAUCCUGCCGAUACUUUUACAUUUUAGUCAUUUAGCAGACGCUCUUAUCCAGAGCGACUUACAGUUAGUGCAUACAUUAUUAUUAUUAUUAUUAUUAUUAUUAUAUAUAUUUAUUUUUUUCAUACUGGCCCCCCGUGGGAAUCGAACCCACAACCCUGGCGUUGCAAACGCCAUGCUCUACCAACUGAGCUACAUCCCUGCCGGCCAUUCCCUCCCCUACCCUGGACGACGCUGGGCCAAUUGUGCGCCGCCCCAUGAGUCUCCCGGUCGCGGCCGGCUACGACAGAGCCUGGAUUCGAACCAGGAUCUCUAGUGGCCUUCGACCACUGCGCCACUCGGGAGGUCAACAGAUACAGUGUAUAACCCCACCAGCUGUAUGUUAUUCAUGUCGUCGUUCAGCCACGACUCGGUGAAACAUAAGAUAUUACAGUUUUUAAUGUCCCGUUGGUAGGAUAUAUGUUAACACUUAUGUUGUUAUUGGCCAUUGUCUGAGAUGUUGUGUUUCUCCCCUCUGUUGACCAUCAGUCAACUGUUCUCUCUCUGUUGCAGCCCUGCAGGCAGGACAGACCAUCGGUCAACUGUUCUCUCUCUGUUGCAGUCCUUCAGGCAGGACAGACCAUCAGUCAACUGUUCUCUCUCUGUUGCAGACCUGCAGGCAGGAAUAACCAGGUGACUGAGGUACAGGUGGGAGCUGGAAAUGUAUAAAUGGGCUUCUUAUGGACUUUCGUUUUGAUUCAUGUAACAGUGGGGAGAACAAGUACUGGAGGUAAAACAAUGAAGAUCUAACUCUCACCCCCGUCCUCUAUCCCAUGUCAAUCCCCCUCACACGUUUCCAAUUAGCAGCAUAAAGAUACUUAUAGAUAACAUAUCUACUUAACUUUGACUAAAAGAGGCGGGACAGACAGUGAAGAUAUUGUGUAAUUGUCCUCCUUCACCCCCCAGGUCCAGUAUAUCAUCUCUCAGGAAGGAGUCCAACACUUAAUAUCCCAGGAGUACGUGGUGCUAUAAGACGGGAACCGCAUCCAGAUGUCAGAUGGACAGAUCAUCCAGUAUGAGAAUGAUGGGGCCUUCCUGCGGAGCAACAGGUGAGUAGAGGACCCCAAAAACACUCCAUCACAAAACAAUCAAGCCCCAAAAUAAUCGCUCCUAAAAUACUCAACCCCUAAAACAGUCAAACAAGAAUACGGCUGUAUUUUGGGAUAAGGAAUUGAAAUGUGCCCUGUGUGAUAGAGUAGAUGGAAGGUUAAGUGUUUAAUUUCCCAGAUCCAGUAUCUUCCCAUCAGUUCAGAACAACAGCUAGUCAGUCCUGAAGACUUGGAGGUUGCUGAACAUCUGCUGUCCCCCGGUAUGAAUACACACUGUCUGCUUCAGUAGAGAACCUUGGAGGACAGGGCCUGGAGGACAGGGCCUGGAGGACAGGGCCGGGUGGACAGGGCCUGGAGGACAGGGCCUGGAGGACAGGGCCGGCUGGACAGGGCCGGGUGGACAGGGCCUGGAGGACAGGGCCGGGUGGAAGGGCCGGUGGAACAGGGCCUGGAGGACAGGGCUGGGAGGAAGGGCGGGAGACACGGACGGACAGGGCUGGAGGAUAGGGCCGGGUGGAGGGCGGGUGGACAGGGCCGGGAGAGGGCGGGUGGAGGCCUGGGGACAGGGCGAGGACAGGUCCUGAGGCAGGCGGUGAAGGCCGGGUGGACAGGCUGAGACAGGGCGGGUGGACAGGGCGGUGGACAGGGCUGGAGGGGGGGGGGGGGGCCGGGAGGAAGGGCCGAGGUAGGGCUGGAGGACAGGGCCUGAGGGAGGCCGGGGGACAGGGCCGGGUGACAGGGCGGAGGUAGGCGGUGACAGGGCCUGGAGGAUAGGGCCUGAGACGGGGCCCGGAGGACAGGGCCUGGAGGUACCCCUGUGGUCGGUGGUAGGACACCUGACACCUGAUCAGGGUUGCAGAGGAAUUACUGUAGAUAAAUUGGUUUAAUGCAAUUCUCAGGUACUGAUUUUUUUACUGGUAUACGAAUGAUCUCUCUCCUUGUUGCAGUCCUGGGUCGAGCUGCAGCUGCAGGCAGACAGACCAUCGGUCAGCUGUUCUCUGUGCAGUCUUUAGGAGGAAGACAUCGGUAGGUUCUCUCUGUGCAGACCUGCAGGCAGGACAGACCAUCAGUCAACUGUUCUCUUCUCUGUUGCAGACCUGCAGGCAGGACAGACCAUCAGUCAACUGUUCUCUUCUCUGUUGCAGACCUGCAGGCAGGACAGACCAUCAGUCAGCUGUUCUCUCUCUGUUGCAGCCCUGCAGGCAGGACAGACCAUCAGUCAACUGUUCUCUUCUCUGUUGCAGACCUGCAGGCAGGACAGACCAUCAGUCAGCUGUUCUCUCUCUGUUGCAGACCUGCAGGCAGGACAGACCAUCAGUCCGGAGCAGCUACAGCAGGCCCUGGGUCAGGACCACAUCAUAGUGUCCCAGGAACAAGGCCUGGAAGACCAGGUGGAGGCCACGUACACCCAGCAGAUCACCACAGUGGACGGACAGACGUUACAGUACAUAACAGGAGAUAACCAGGUGACUGAGGUACAGGGGGGAGCUGGAAAUGUAUAAAAUGGCUUCUUAUGGACUUUCGUAUGGAUUCAUGUACAGUGGGGAGAACAAGUACUGGAGGUAAAACAAUGAAGAUCUAACUCUCAUCCCCGUCCUCUAUCCCAUGUCAAUCCCCCUCACACGUUUCCAAUUAGCAGCAUAAAGAUAAAGAUACUGACGCUCGUCGGAUGUGGCAGGGCUUGAAAACUAUUACAGACUACAAAGGGAAGCACAGCCGCGAGCUGCCCAGUGACACAAGCCUACCAGACGAGCUAAACCAAUUCUAUGCUCGCUUCGAGGCAAGCAACACUGAAGCAUGCACGAGAGCACCAGCUGUUCCGGACGACUAUGUGAUCACGCUCUCCGUAGCCGAUGUGAGUAAGACUUUUAAGCAGGUCAACAUUCACAAGGCCGCAGGGCCAGACGGAUUACCAGGACGUGUACUCCGAGCAUGUGCUGACCAACUGGCAAGUGUCUUCACUGACAUUUUCAACAUGUCCCUGACUGAGUCUGUAAUACCAACAUGUUUCAAGCAGACCACCAUAGUCCCCGUGCCCAAGAACUCUAAGAUAACCUGCCUAAAUGACUACCGACCCGUAGCACUGACGUCUGUAGCCAUGAAGUGCUUUGAAAGACUGGUCAUGGCUCACAUCAACACCAUAAUCCCAGAAACCCUAGACCCACUCCAAUUUGCAUACCGCCCCAACAGAUCCACAGAUGAUGCAAUCUCUAUCGCACUCCACACUGCCCUUUCCCACCUGGACAAGAGGAACACCUACGUGAGAAUGCUAUUCAUUGACUACAGCUCAGCAUUCAACACCAUAGUGCCCUCUAAGCUCAUCACUAAGCUAAGGAUCCUGGGACUAAACACCUCCCUCUGCAACUGGAUCCUGGACUUCCUGACGGGCCGCCCCCAGGUGGUAAGGGUAGGUAACAACACAUCUGCCACACUGAUCCUCAACACGGGGGCCCCUCAGGGGUGCGUGCUCAGUCCCCUCCUGUACUCUCUGUUCACCCAUGACUGCAUGGCCAGGCACGACUCCAACACCAUCAUUAAGUUUGCCGACGACACAACAGUGGUAGGCCUGAUCACCGACAACGAUGAGACAGCCUAUAGGGAGGAGGUCAGAGAUCUGGCCGUGUGGUGCCAGGACAACAACCUCUCCCUCAACGUGACCAAGACAAAGGAGAUGAUUGUGGACUACAGGAAAAAAAAGAGGACUGAGCACGCCCCCAUUCUCAUCGACGGGGCUGUAGUGGAACAGGUUGAGAGCUUCAAGUUCCUUGGUGUCCACAUCACCAACGAACUAUCAUGGUCCAAACACACCAAGACAGUCGUGAAGAGGGCACGACAAAGCCUAUUCCCCCUCAGGAGACUAAAAAGAUUUGGCAUGGGUCCUCAGAUCCUCAAAAAAUUCUACAGCUGCACCAUCGAGAGCAUCCUGACUGGUUGCAUCACCGCCUGGUAUGGCAACUGCUUGGCCUCUGACCGCAAGGCACUACAGAGGGUAGUGCGUACGGCCCAGUACAUCACUGGGGCAAAGCUCCCUGCCAUCCAGGACCUCUAUACCAGGCGGUGUCAGAGGAAGGCCCUCAAAAUUGUCAAAGACUCCAGCCACCCUAGUCAUAGACUGUUCUCUCUGCUACCGCACGGCAAGCGGUACCGGAGUGCCAAGUCUAGGUCCAAAAGACUUCUCAACAGCUUCUACCCCCAAGCCAUAAGACUCCUGAACAGCUAAUCAUGGCUACCCGGACUAUUUGCACUGCCCCCCCCACCCCAUCCUUUUUACGCUGCUGCUACUCUGUUAAGUAUUUAUGCAUAGUCACUUUAACUCUACCCACAUGUACAUAUUACCUCAACUACCUCAACUAGCCGGUGCCCCCGCACAUUGACUAUGCAACGGUACCCCCCUGUAUAUAUAGCCUCCCUACUGUCACUUUAUCUUACUGUAUAUAUAGCCUCCCUACUGUCACUUUAUUUUACUUCUGCUCUUUUUUUCUCAACACUUUUUUGUUGUUGUUUUAUUCUUACUUUUUUGUUUAAAAUAAAUGCACUGUUGGUUAAGGGCUGUAAGUAAGCAUUUCACUGUAAUGUCUGCACCUGUUGUAUUCGGCGCAUGUGACCAAUAAAAUUUGAUUUGAUUUGAUUUGAACAUAUCUACUUAACUUUGACUAUAAAGAGGCGGGACAGACAGUGAAGAUAUUGUGGUAAUUGUCCUCCUUCACCCUCCCAGGUGAAGGAGGACAAGGAGUCAGGAAGGAGUCCAACACUUAAUAUCCCAGGAGUACGUGGUGCUAUCAGACGGGAACCGCAUCCAGAUGUCAGAUGGACAGAUCAUCCAGUAUGAGAAUGAUGGGGCCUUCCUGCAGGAGCAACAGGUGAGUAGAGGACCCCAAAAACACUCCAUCACAAAACAAUCAAGCCCCAAAAUAAUCGCUCCUAAAAUACUCAACCCCUAAAACAGUCAAACAAGAAUACGGCUGUAUUUUGGGAUAAUGAAUUGAAAUGUGCCCUGUGUGAUAGAGUAAGAUGGAAGGUUAAGUGUUUAAUUUCCCAGAUCCAGUAUCUUCCCAUCAGUUCAGAACAACAGCUAGUCAGUCCUGAAGACUUGGAGGUUGCUGAACACUCUGCUGUCACCGGUAUGAAUACACACUGUCUGCUUCAGUAGAGAACCUGGUGGACAGGGCCUGGAGGACAGGGCCUGGAGGAUAGGGCCUGGAGGAUAGGGCCUGGAGGAUAGGGCCUGGAGGAUAGGGCCUGGAGGAUAGGGCCUGGAGGACAGGGCCUGGAGGACAGGGCCUGGAGGACAGGGCCUGGAGGACAGGGCCUGGAGGACAGGGCCGGGUGGACAGGGCCGGGAGGACAGGGCCGG